AUGGCAGCUGGUGGCAAGAAGGCUAAGGUCAAGGACAAAUCUGGCAAGGCCGGGUCGGCCAAGCAGAAGAUUAAAAAGACAAAGGCCCCGGAAGAGACAGAAAGUCAGACAACAACUGAAUCUCCAGCUCCUGGCAGUCCGGAAUCCGUGGUACAAGACCAAGACCUUGGUCAGCCAUUAAAACCUGCGCUUGAACCGACUCCGGAAGCUACUGAAUUGACCGAGAUAUCCACAGCAUUCGGAAAUGAGGAAUGUGAGAACUCACAGACUCCUGACACUGCGACAUAUCAACAACCAGAUGUAAAGGAAGAUCAUUUUGACAUCGAAGCAUUCACCUCGAAAGACAACGACGCGCCUGAAUCACCUGUUGAACCCGUGGGACAGCCUGUCGCACCUGUUGACGUAGAAGAAAGCCAGCAAGCCGAAGAAAGUCACCAAGAGGAACAUAGAAGCAAAGCACUUGUCACUUCUUCUCUGUUUGCUCCAUAUUCGCCUGCUCUGGUGCCAUUGCCGUCGCCUUCUUUGACCGAGGCACGGUUUAUGUCAAGCGCUUCACCAGAGUCCAGUUAUUAUCAUCCUGCUCCCGCAUACAACCCUUACACUGUGCCUUAUACUGCACCUUACACUGCGCCUUACGCCGUACCUGCUCCAUACAUCUCGCCAUACGGCUCACCCUACGCCUCGCCUUACGCUUCACCUUACGCUUCACCGAUCCCGAAAGUUAGCAGUCCUCUGGCUCGCUCUCAUUAUCCGUAUAUGCCACCCGCCAUGCCUCCUACUGCAACCCCGACGCCGCCACCUCCGCCGGUGGCACCAGCACCGCCGCCUCAAAUGGCUCCUCCGGCACCACGGCCACCUUCGACAGCUCAAAGCUAUACCUCGGCAGUGCACUCUCCUGUCAUGAGCUCUGCUGGGGUUGUUACUCCAUACGCUGGAUAUCCGCCUCAAGCACCCGAUGGUCAUUAUAUGCAUCGAAGUUACAGCAUGUCUGACCCUUCAUAUGCUGCAUCCUUCCAGGCCAUCCGAGACUUGGGCUUGGGUAAUGGCCAGCCGCAUGAUAACGGCGCUAUGUCGCCUCCGGAGAAUGAAAGCGAACAUAUCGAACUUCUCCAGCGAAUUCAAUCGGCCCUUCCUGACAUCGACCGCCUCUUGCAUGGGUUCCGAAACACUCAUACCCGGUUAGCAGGCCGGGAAGCUGAGAUGAAGCAGAUUGGAAACCAGCAUGAGCAAGCUUUGAUGCACAAAGAGUUCUAUAUUGAGGCUUUGCAAGCACAGAUGAAGAAGACGGCAAAUGAAAGUGCCGAAGAAAGCGCUAAGCUCAAGAACACCAUCAACGAGCUCCGACUCGAGCUAGGAAACCUCCAAGAGAAGCAAAGGGACUUCGAAGACGGUUUGGCGACUCACCAAAAGUCCAACGAGGAGCUCUCGCAAAGCAAGUCCGACCUCGAGGCAGAUAUCGCCAAGUUGAACACCAGCAUCCAAGAGGCGAAGGAUGCCCAUGCGAAAGAAUUGGAGGCGCAGAAGGAAGAGCACGACAAAGCACUUGUCACCCAGAAGCAGGAGCUGACUGAGCUUUUCGAGGAAAUUAAGAACGAGGACGAGAAAGCCGCAACUGAAACCUUGGAAAGUCGCGAGAAGAGCUUAAUGGAUCAACACGAGUCCCACAAAGCCGAAUGGGAGAAGGAGAAAGCCCUUAUGCAGGAUUCUCUGGAGAACCAGCGCACCGAAUUGGAGACCACCAAGUCAGAGCUUACUGCCAAGAUUGCUGCAUUGGAGUCCAAGGAGACCGAACUCGAAGAAAAAUUGGCCGAGCUGACCUCCGUCCGCGAGGAAGUUGCAUCCAAGAUUACCGAGUUGGAGACAAAGGAUAAAGAGUUGGAAGAAACCCGUACCAAAAAGGCCGAGGAACUCGAGACAUUCCAGAAUGGCCAUGCUGGCGAACUUGACUCCCUACGAAGCACCCAUGCCGAGGAACUUGCUGCCGCUGCCAAGGGUCUUGAUGACAAGAUUGCUGCCAUUGAGGCAGAGUUAAAUGAGAAGGAGCAGCAAUGGACCGCGGAGCGAAGUGCUUUUGAGAAGCUGCUCUCUGAGAAAGACGGUGAACUCUCGAGCGUGGAACGUGAGAAGGAACAGCUCGAAGGAGACAACAACGUCAAGGAGCAGCAACUUCAGCGUGCAGUGGAUGAGAUGCGGUUCACCAUUGAUCAUCUCGACAAAGACUGCGAGCGCUUGAGGAAGACUCUGAGCAGCCUUGGAGAGGCCACUGAUCUCAAGACCACGAAGGGCGACCAAUUCUUUUUGGACUGCUUCACCCAGCUUUCAUCUUUGAUCCACGAUCUCUGCAAAGAGCACUUCGCCUAUCUCCCAAUCGACCCGCCAAAGGACAUCCUCUCCAAAAUCCCUUCAGAGCUACCUUCUUUCCUCGACAACACCGUCGCCUCUCGCGAUCUCCGCUGCGCCUACAUCAAACAUGUUGUAUCCAAGACAAUCACCUACCGCGUGUUCCAGCCCUUUUUGUUCACCCUAGGCCGAAGGUACGACAAAGCCGACACUUUCUUCCAGAUGCUGUCUAUGGACAUCCGCCGCAAGUCCGUCCGCCGCGAGGCAUUCUGGCGACAACAGACCCUUAAAGCAGCCUACACCACCUCGGACGCCAAGCAAUCUAUCAAUGUUGCCGCAGCUGUGAUCGUGGAUGAGAUCAUCGACCAUAUCAAGCACUUCGCCGACCCCAAACACCUGGACUCCCUCUUGACCGGAGUCCGCAAGGUCGUAAAGCUGGCAGCUGAGUCUUGGCGCCACGCCCGGGUCGAGCGCGAGCUCGUCCUAGCAUCCUUCCCGGCCCCAGAUGCGGAAAGUGUUUCUAACGACGGCUGGUUGGAGUAUGGAAUCGCUAAAGAUGCUACUCCCAAUUCGACAAUGGACCCUACCCGCCACGUUGUUCUGCGCACCUUUCCUCAUAUCUGGCGCGAGGCUGCACACGAGGACUUUGCUGGUGGCGAGCGGGCUCAUCCAUGCAUCUACUCGCCUGGUGAGGUUUUGUAUUCGGAUUCUCCUGUCAUCAUGGCUCGUCUGCAAGAGUUGGCUAAGACGUCUUCUGAGGCCGUGGCUGCUCCAGUUCCGGCUGCUUCAGCUGCUCCACUUACUCCAGCUCCCCCAAUUGCCCCGAUUGCUCCCGUCGUUCCCGCCGCUCCCGUUGCUCAAGUUAUUGCGGAUCAGGCCCAGAUGUCUCCACCUAAGACCCCGCCCAGAACUCCCAAGGGGUCUCACGAGAGCUUGCAUCUCAAAGGUCGUGAGAGUCUACAACUCAAAGGCAUUGAGCAACUGGCCGCUGCUCAGAAGCCGGCCCCGGCGAGGGUGUCGGUGCCAUCGGCGCCCGCGAGUCCUCGCCCCAAGGAGCAGAGGGCUUGA